AUGCCCGCUGGGGUUAGUGACGCGUUAGUGAAUCCCCGCGGCAGCAGCAUGUCCUCUAUAGCGUACAACUCCCUCCAGCCAACCCUCCUCCUCACCUCAAACUCAUACUGCCAACAACACCACCAGCAGCACUGGCGCCAGCAGCAUGAUAAGCGCGCCAAGGCAGCCGCAGGGGUCUACGCAGCAGCUCUCAUCGGCCGUCACGUGGGGGCGGGGGCUAAUCCGGGAGCCAGUGGCGCCCCCGCGUGGGCGCUGUUCCCGCAUUGGGCAGCGGUGGACGCGGAGCAGCUGAGGCGCGUUCCGCAGGACGUGAUGCCGGAGGACUCGCACUGCUGGCUCAAGUAUGGGGAGAAACGACUUGUCAAGUCGGCUUGCAACAGGUCGUACUUCCGCUGUGCACAGUCCACAUGCCAACCUCUGCCUGUCGGUGAUGCAGCUGCUGCAGCUUGUCACGCUGGGGGUGUUUACUGCAGUCAGAUACCGGAUGCGGGUGUUGCUGCUGCUGCGGCUGGUUUAGUUGGGCCGUCCCCUGAACCGCAAUCCAUUCGUGUGGGUUUCCAUGUGACGCGCGCCUCUCCUGCCCCCCACGCCUCUCCCUCCUCUCACGUGUCUGCCGCAACUCAAGUGUCCUCUGCCUCCCUCACUGCCUCUCACCCGUCUCACUCAUCGCCCGCUUCUGCUGUCGCGACUCACGCAUUCACGCCACCCAGGCCGAUCAAAGUGAGCUUCUCUCCUCCGGCCGACCUAAGUGCCCCUGCGGACUCGCAAUCUCUGCUGCUCUCUGUGCCCCGUGCCAAACUCUCCCGCGCUGACCUCUUGUCAAGCCCCCACGGUGACGGCAGCAGCCCGAUCAGCAGCACUGGCGAGAGGAACGACAGCUGGCGCGACGUGGCGGGCGGCGGUGGUAACUCCGGGUGGCCUAUGAGCAGAAGCGGCAGCGCCACUGAUGCGGGUGCGGCUCUUGUGCCUACCCCUGUGGCGGGCAGCGGUGAUUGUUACGGGCGGCCUACAAGCGGAACCGGCAGCGCCACUGAUGUGGGUGCAGCUGUUGUGGCUUCCCCGGUAGUGGGUGGCGGCAUUGGCGGUUACGGGUGGUCUAUGAGCAGGAGCAGCGCGACCAAUGCAGAAGCACACGUGGCGGCUGGUGACCAGUUUGAUGACUCAGCGCCACGUCAGCUGCAGGGGCUGCUGGAGGAUAUGGUGCCACGUCAGCUGCUGCAGGGCUCGCAGCGAGUCAGAGAAGCAGGACAGUAUCGGGCACCGUCUGAUGCUGCUGCAGCAGCGUUCCAAACCCCAGCCACAUCAGUAGCACCAGAUAAGGCACCGCAUGCAGCAGCAGCAGCAGCAGUGCCUUUCCAGACCACCGAAAGCAUUGCAGUGGAAGCGGAACGAUCGGCGCAGCGGCAGCUGUGGGCCCCCCUUGAAGCUCAAGCCACCUCUGUUGCACCUGCCGUUGCCGUGGGGCUUGAUGGCUUGGCCGGCAUGGGCGGCAUGGGUGGUGUGGGCGGCGUGGGCAUGAGCGGCAUGGGGGAGGACGAGUUGCUGGUGGAGGCGGCAGCGUGGCUGGCAGAGCAGGGAGGGCUGGAGGCACUUGAUUGGCUGCCGGACCUGACAGGGCGUAACGGUCGAAUUGACGCGACUCGCAGCGCGGAAGGGGGGAGCGGGGACCGCGAUGGGCCGGUGGAUGAAAGGGCUGGUGCUACAGCCACGGACGAUGCUUCCGACAAACGGCCGCGCGUCAGUAACGAGAACGACUAUAACGGGGCUGCUAAUAACGAUUCUGGUUCAACCGGGGACGCGGCGCGGCUGAUAUGGGACGUGAGCGGGCUCGAUCUGGUGCAGGUGGCGCUGGAGGCGAGCCGCGUGACGGACGGCCCGCGAUUCCUGGCGCCGUGCGGCGUGCGACGCGAGCUGCCGCUGCUCGUGUAUCUUCCCGGGCUGGACGGCACGGGCGUGUUCUUGGAGCGCCAUCUGGAGGGCUUAAAGCCGUGCUUCGACGUGCGUUGCCUCUGCAUCCCGGCUGCUGACACUUCCACCUAUGGCCAGCUCGCCCAGCUAGUGGCGGAGCUCAUUCAGCGCGAAAAUGACCUAAGAAGCGCCAGUACCCUCGCCCAAGCCGCCAUGGGUGUGGGAGCCGUGAGAUAUGCCUCGGAUGAUGAGAUGCCGCGAGGGACGAGCACACCCGCACCAGAAGAAGCAGAAGCGGCAGCAGCAGUGACGGUGGUGGCAGAGUCGUUUGGAGCUGGGGUGGCGCUCUCCCUCUCUGCCUCCCAUGCUAGCCUGGUUGCACACCUCGUCAUCUGCAACAGGCACCCCUUGCUUGCACCUGUCCAUGUCAUCCCAUUCCUGUCCAAACCCAUCCCCACCGUUGUCUGCCUCACUUUUUUAACACUGCUCUCCCCCUUCGCCCGCGCGCCUCUCUUCCCAAAUUUCCUCAACUCCACCCACCAUCUCUCAUCCCCAACCCCAUCCCAGGCACCCUUUGCACCUGACAUUCCUGCCCUAGCGCAGCUCUCCUCCUUGGCCCUUGCACCUCUCCUCUCUGAUUGGGACAGCCUGGGGGAGAGAGAGAGGACCCUCAUCACCCCGCCCUUCAGCACGACGGUGCUUCCAGCAGCAACAGUGGCGCGCCGAGUUGCCAUGAUGGCAGCGCUACAGCCGUCAGAUGCCAUGCUACAGUCCAUCACAGCCAGCACUCUGCUCAUUGCCAGGUAUGCUACAGCUACAGUGCUUCCCAGUGCUGUCCAAUGCACUGCUACAGCCGUCCGAUGCCAUGCUGCAGUCCAUGACAGCCAGCACCCUGCUGAUUGCCAGUGGCGAGGACCGGCUGAUACCAUCAGUGGAGGAGGCAUACGGGCGGGCUGGCCACAUGCGUCCCUUGUGCGUCCCAUCGUGAUCGGGGAGGACCGGCUGAUACCAUCAGUGGAGGAGGCAUACGGGCUAGCGACGUGCAUCCCGUCGUGCCGCAUCAAGAUUCUGCCUUUCUCCGGCCACACUGCCCUGCUAGAGGCGGGCGUUUCUCUGCAGGACAUUCUGCAGGAGAGUGGGGUGCUGCUGCCCUCUGCUGCCUUCCCUCUCGACCCUGUCCCUCCCUCUGACGACGAGCACGAGCUUGCUUUUAGCGAGGGUGAUGAGCCUGCUAAUAGCGAGGAUGGGUCGGCAGUGCAUGCUCAAAGGAGCAGCAAUGCAGCUAGCAGAGGCAGCAGCGGCGACAGCAACAGCACCGGCAGUGCUCUGUAUGCUGCGGAACCUGCAGCGGACAGUGCAAGCCGAAUCACGUCUACAGGGUUCCAUGAGUCUACGAUGGGGGAGAUGAGUAUUGGCAGCAUGGGUGGCAGCACAGCAUCAAGUGGGGCAGGCAAAAGUUCAGGUGAAAUUUCAGGUGGAGUGGAGGGUGCAGCAGGGUACAGCAGUGAGGAGGGGGAGUUUAGCAUGGAGGGAAAGGACUGGGAUGAUGCUGACUCCAAAGCUACAGCAUCUGCUGCCUCCCGUUCUGUGCGUGCUAAUAACGGGCAUGCAGAGAGGGGUGCAGAGGGCAGUGGUGGUGGUGGUGCCGGUUCUGCUGCUGCAGCUGCGCGUUCUGGUGCUCCUGAUGCAGCUAAUGGAGCUGCAAUCCCCAGUUCUACUAGUGCCACAAAUGCACUGGAGGGUAUGCUGGAUGACAUGCCUCAGUACCGCCUCUGGAACUGGGUGGCCGGGCCUCUCUAUGUUGGUACGUGUGGGUGUGUGUGUGUGAUAUGGUCAUGGUGUGCUGCAUGCCGUGUGGUGCGUGCCGUGUGGUGUGUGCCGUGUGGUGUGUGCCGUGUGGUGUGUGCCGUGUGGUGUGUGCCGUGUGGUGUGUGCCGUGUGGUGUGUGCCGUGUGCUGCGUGCCGUGUGCUGCGUGCCGUGUGGUGUGUGUGUGCCGUGUGGUGUGUGCCGUGUGGUGUGUGCCGUGUGCUGCGUGCCGUGUGCUGCGUGCCGUGUGGUGUGUGUGUGCCGUGUGGUGUGUGCCGUGUGGUGUGUGCCGUGUGUGUGCUGUACUGCCGCUCAUGAUCCGAGACAUUCACAUGCGCACGGGAGUCACGUUAAGAGGGCUGGGCGCGCCCACCCACUGGCAGGGGCCCUUUGCUGACCAGUUCACCAAAUACGGCGCCGUGCGGGUAUCCCCCCGAGCAUGCUACCAGCUGCUGAGGGAGGGGGAGAACUUGCUGCUGUACCCGGGGGGCGGCAGGGAGGUGGGGAAGCGGAAGAACGAGAAGUACAAGCUGUUCUGGCGCGAUACGACUGACUUUGUGCGCAUCGCAGUGCGCUGUGGUGCCACCAUCGUGCCGUUUUCUACUAUCGGGGUGGAAGACGCAUUUGACCCAGACACCACCGACUUUGUGUGCAUUGCCGUGCGCUGUGGCUCCACCCAUCCUGCGUUUUCCACCAUUGGAGUGGAGGACGCAUUUGACGUGCUCAUGCAUCCUGAGGAAAUUAUGUCCUCUCCCAUUGGCCCCUGGCUGAAGCCAGCACUGCAGGCCACGGGCAUGCAGUCGCCCCCCUUCCCCCUCGCCUCCAAUGCCGGCCUGUUGCCGCGCCCCCAGCGCCUCUACUUCCUCUUCUCUGACCCCAUCCGCACGGACGGGCUUGACCCCACGAUCAUACGAGACAAGGAGGAGUGCAGCAGGAUCUACCAGAUGGUGCGGGGGAGAGUGGAGGGCGGAAUAGAGCAGCUCAAGGAGAUGCGCCGGGCGGACCCCUUGCGAGAAACGCUUCCCAGAAUAGCGGUCAACCUUCUGGAUGGCUGGGAUGGCACUUAA